AUGCUGCCAGGAUGGCAUUCAAUAGCUUCCCUGGUGAAGCGGAUUGAUAUCCCCAUUGUUGCGUCCACCACUCCAGCAGAAAUUGCUGAAAUGCAACGAGAUGCCUGGCCUCAAGCAGGAAAAUAUGGGCUUGGCUGGGUUUACUUCUCUGUGAUUCUACUCGCAUUCUCAACGAUUAUACGGUUCUAUCACCUUUGGGGUGACAAAAUCAGGAUCGCAUUACACAAAGAGGAUACUGCUGGGGAAUCGCCAUAUGUCACUUCUCCCCAGGAAGAAUAUGAGUUGUCAAGUGCUGCCACCGAUAGCUCCACCGCGCACUUCUUUCCAGCUCGUGGCCCCUUGCCCAGUACCAAUACCACGAAACAGCAAUCGUCGAUUUCCACCGUUGCCCCAUUAAACAACACUAUUGCUUUCGUACGAUGGGUUUUCUAUAGGCCUAUUCCAGUGCUACGUAUAGGCAAACUACGAAUUGGUUUUCCAUCGCUGGGAGCAUCCUCUAUUAUUUUUGCGGCCCUAAUAUUCGUCACUCUCUAUUGUUUUGUGCCACAACCGCUCUAUUACUCCUCAAUUUCUAUCGGAUCUCCUCCUUUGGCGAUCCGUGCAGGCAUGAUUGCCGUGGCUAUGAUUCCAUGGAUCAUUUUGCUCAGUACCCGUGCCAACUUCAUCAGCUUUUUAACUGGCAUUAGCCAUGAGAGGUUGAAUGUUCUUCACCGUUGGGCGGGCUACCUCUGUCUAUUUCUAAGCCUGAUCCAUAUGGUCCCAUUCUACGUCACACCUAUCUGGGAAAGCAAGAAUUUGAUGUACUACCAGCAAUACUUUCCCCGGAACAUCUAUAUCUACGGCACCGGCUGGGCGGCACUGGCGCCUCUUAUAGUCCUAUGCCUGCAUUCAAUGCCGAUACUCAGAGCCAGGAUGUAUGAGCUUUUCAAGCUUGCGCACCUUCCCCUUUCAGUCGUCUUUCUUGCCAUGAUAUUCUGGCACAGCAAGAACUUCUUGGCAUCCUGGGACUAUCUUUGGGCUACGGUUGCAAUCUGGAUACUUUCCUACGGUGUCAGAUUGUUUUAUGUGAAUUGGAGUAACCCCCUACGGCUGUCCUUCUUGAUCGGUGAAGAAUGCGCAGUGACGAUACUCCCACAGAAUGCUAUCAAAGUCACGGUCGCGACUCAGAUGAAAUGGAAACCAGGCCAAUUUGUCUAUCUCCGUAUGCCGGGCAUCUCACUUUUCGAACGUCAUCCCUUUACGAUUUCGUCACUGUGUAGCGGCGAUUUUCCUUCCGAGUAUGGUGAGAAUUAUCGUGACCUAGCUCUCGUUUUCCGUCCCUUCGGAGGUUUUACUCGUAAUGUGUUCCUCAAGACCUUUGAGUAUGGUCCUUACAAGACCUGGACGGCAUUCUUGGAGGGCCCCUACGGAGGGAUGAAAAGAGACAUGGCUGCUUUUGAUGACGUAGUCUUCUUCGCUGGUGGAAGCGGCAUAACUGCAACUGCCAGCCACCUGUUGGACUUGAUUAAGAAGAUGCGGGACCGAAAAGCAGUAACCAAGUCAGUGCGGGUCAUCUGGGCAUUCAGGAACCCCGAAACAAUCGACUGGUUCAGAGAGGAACUGAGAAUAUGCAGGGACUUUGCGCCUCCAAACACAGUCCACUGUCAUUUCUUCCUCACUGGACUAGGGCCAAACGGCCAGGAGCAACUGGCCCAAAACCAAUUCUACGAGGAAAUGCUCAGAGACAAAAUGUACAACACGCUAGAGGGGAUGGAUAAGCGAAACUCGGCAUACAUCCGUGAAGAAGCAGCCGGGGACCCGGAGAUUGAAAAGGAGCUUCGACGCGAGAAUGAAGAUGCCAUUACUGCGCUCCCCCAGGCACACACCCUCCCGCACAUCAAUACCAGUAGACACUACAACAGCCCCUCAAUGGACAAUAACUAUCAACAGGCGCCGUAUUAUUCGCCCCAAAAGAGCCCAGCAGAUACUCCAUUUCACUUCGGCUUUCCUCCCUCGUCAACAGCGUUUCCCAAACUGACCACCCGGGUCGGCACCGUCCCGCUGCAGAGGAAUGGCUGGCGCAUUGAUUACGCCCGUCCCAAUAUCCCGCAGGUGCUCAAAGACUACUCUCGCACGUUCGGUCGUCGUACCUGCGUCUUUGUCUGUGGGCCUCCUAGUAUGAGAGUUGAAGUUUCGAACGCCGUUGCUCAGCUUCAGCAGCAAGUCAUAACGGACGCGUCUAAAGACGAGAUCUUCCUGCAUGCUGAGAACUACAAUGUCUGA